AGACUCACAGACUCUGUUUCUCCCCGGCUCUUUUUAAAGGCGGAACCUACCGGAAGUCUCAGUUGCAUUGUGACGAAAUUCAGACGCAGCGAAUUUCAUCUUCAGCCUUCUCUCUAAACCCCUCACAUUUGAUCGACCUCUGGGGCUCAUCUCCUCUCAGCGAGAAUGACGGACAGAUACAACAUCCACAGUCAGCUGGAGCAUCUUCAGUCCAAGUACAUCGGCACAGGACACGCUGACACCAGCAAGUGGGAAUGGCUGGUCAACCAGCACAGAGACUCCUACUGCUCCUACAUGGGACACUUUGACCUGCUCAACUACUUCUCCGUAGCUGAGAACGAGAGCAAAGCCAGAGUCCGCUUCAACCUGAUGGAGAAGAUGCUCCAACCGUGUGGACCACCGGCAGACAAACCCGACGAUGCCUAGAUCGCUCUCAAGUGAGCUGUGGAUGGUUUUUUUUACAGAAUGUUUGCAUUAGUGUUUUUUUUUGUAAUUUUGGACAUGCAACUUGAUUUACCCGCUCAACAUAUUCAAUGUUACGCUUCUUUGAGCGUUCUGAUCUUUGAAAUUGGCCUUGUAUGAUCUUGCCAGCAGUGAAUGGACUGUCCAGUUUUACAACAGUCAAUACCGGACUACAAGUGUUUACGUUGUUUGCUCCUGAACCUCUGAAAACAUUGUUUUCUGCCCUCUGACUCCGAGAAAUGUACUGCAAACUAAAAAGGCUUCAUGAUCUAAACAUUAGAAGAGGUUAUGCAAAAGAUGGUGGUAUGCUUUCGUUUGUUUGAAAUUUCUGUUUUGAUUAAAAUUCAUAUGCUACAAUUU